AUCAGAACUCCGCCCUUUACAAAGAUGAGGAAGACAUAAAACAUGGCGCUUCCUAUAUUUUGAUAUGGUUUAGGCAACUAUAAACGGUAGUAUACAUUUUCCUUGCUAAGUUUAAGUAAUACUGACGCGAAAGUAAAGCUUAUGCUGUGUAAUCUAUCACGUCUAUCUACGUGAUCAAUAGUGCAAAAUGAGUAACAUAUACAUCCAAGAACCACCAACAAAUGGCAAGGUUUUGAUUAAGACGUCAGCUGGAGACAUCGAUGUGGAGCUAUGGUCCAAAGAAGCACCAAAAGCUUGUCGGAAUUUCGUUCAGCUUUGUAUGGAAGGUUACUAUGAUGGCACCAUAUUUCAUCGGGUUGUCCCAGAAUUCAUUAUCCAGGGUGGUGACCCCACAGGCACAGGGUCAGGGGGAGAGUCUAUAUACGGCCGACCUUUUAAGGAUGAGUUCCAUUCCAGACUGCGCUUUAACCGAAGAGGGCUGGUUGCCAUGGCGAACGCUGGCCCUCACGAUAACAGCAGCCAGUUCUUUUUCUCUCUGGGUCGAGCCGAUGAGCUCAACAACAAGCACACCAUAUUUGGGAAGAUUGCUGGUGAUACGGUUUAUAACAUGCUGCGGCUAGCAGAGGUGGAGUGUGACUCAGAUGAGAGGCCAUUAAACCCACACAAAGUACGGUCCACAGAGGUUCUACACUCACCUUUUGAUGACAUCAUUCCACGUGACCUCAAAAAGAAAAAGGACCACUCCAAAGAAGAAGGGAAGAAAUCUCAAUCCAAAGCAACCAAGAACUUCAGUUUGCUGUCUUUUGGAGAGGAAGCUGAGGAAGAGGAGGAGAUGGUGACCCAAGUCAGUCAGACGAUGAAAGGGAAAAGCAAAAGCAGCCAUGACUUAUUGAAGGACGACCCCCUGCUCAGCACAGUUCCAGCUGUUGACAGGGAAAAAAACAAAGAUGGAGUUGAAGAUUCAUCUGAGGAGUCAGAUGUGGAAGAGCAGGAGGGUGGUGAUGAAGGCGAUGCAGAUGUGGAAGGCAUGCGGGAAAGGAUUGCAAACAAACUGAAGAAAGAGAAGAAGGAGGGGAUGUGGCCCACCACUGAGCGAGACGAGCCAAAGAUGAGCCGCAGGUAUGGCUAUCUCAUCAUCAUCAUCAUCAUCAUCAUCAUCACCAUAACCACCACCAUCAUCGUCAUAAUCAUCAGUAUCAGCAUUAUCAGAAUCUGUUGCUUGCUUGAAAUAUUUGUAAGCAAGAUGUUUUAAGUGAAGCUAGUUUUG